GAGAGAGAGAGUUUCAGAGACUUUUUGGUGUCCCCAUGGGUGAGUCAAAAAUUCCACCCUUUCAAAUCUUUUCUCUCUCUCCGCUUUCUUUCUUUGACUGAGUCACACAAACCCACCCGCCACGAGUCACGACUCUCAUUUCUCUCUGUUCUUCGUUGUUGUUGUUGUUGUUGCUGUUGCUUUUAGGAGAGAGAAAAUAAGCAAAAAACGCGAAGAAGUUUUCAAUUUUUUUGAAAAGAAAAUAUUUGUGCGUUCGAGAAAUCAAUCGGUCCUCUAAAUUUAGCAGAUCUGCUAAAUUUAGAGGGAAAGCGAUUCAGAUAAGAUUUACUGAGUUAGAUAGUGUGUGUGUGUCUGCGUGCGUUUUUUUUUGUGUGUGUGUGAGUGUGUGUGUGUGUGUGUGUGUGUGUUAGGAGGGGUGUGGGGGGAAGAUGAUGAUCUCUAGGGGACUGUUCGGGUGGUCCCCGCCGCACAUACAGCCGUUAACGCCCGUGUCCGAGGUGUCCGAGCCGCCCGAGUCGCCGUCGCCGUACCUCGACCAGAGCGCGGACACGGCGGCUCAGCAGCUCGAGCAGGAGGACGAGAUCGACGAGCCCGAGGAGAUCGAGCCGCCUCCGGCCGCCGUGCCUUUCUCCAGGCUCUUCGCUUGCGCCGACAACCUCGACUGGGCGCUCAUGUUCGUCGGCUCCUUCGCCGCCGCCGCUCACGGCACCGCCCUCGUCGUUUACCUUCACUACUUCGCGAAGAUCGUCCACGUCCUCAGUAUCCGUCCUAACAAUGAUGGAUAUCAACAACUACAGCUCGAUAAGCUUGGGGAGCUUACUUUAACAAUCCUGUAUAUUGCUGUGGGUGUUUUCGGUGCUGGUUGGAUUGAGGUGUCAUGCUGGAUUUUGACUGGGGAAAGGCAGACUGCUGUCAUCAGGUCAAAGUAUGUGCAAGUAUUACUUAACCAAGACAUGAGUUUUUUUGAUACCUAUGGGAACAACGGGGACAUUGUGAGUCAAGUAUUGAGUGAUGUGUUACUUAUUCAAUCUGCUCUUAGUGAAAAAGUUGGAAAUUAUAUUCAUAAUAUGGCUACAUUUUUCAGUGGUCUUGUUAUUGGAUUUGUCAACUGUUGGCAGAUUGCACUUAUAACAUUAGGCACUGGUCCAUUCAUUGUAGCCGCUGGAGGAAUAUCAAAUAUAUUUCUUCACAGGCUUGCUGAGAAUAUUCAAGAUGCAUAUGCUGAAGCAGCUAGCAUUGCUGAACAGGCAGUCUCCUACAUUAGAACGUUAUAUGCAUUUACAAAUGAAACAUUGGCAAAGUAUUCUUAUGCAACGUCACUACAAGCAACUCUGAGAUAUGGUAUAUUAAUAAGCCUUGUGCAAGGACUUGGUCUUGGAUUCACAUAUGGGCUUGCAAUAUGUUCUUGUGCCUUACAACUGUGGGUUGGAAGGUUCCUAAUUACACAUGGAAAAGCUCAUGGUGGUGAAAUUAUAACAGCUCUAUUUGCUAUAAUUUUAAGUGGCCUUGGGCUGAAUCAAGCUGCAACAAACUUCUAUUCAUUUGACCAAGGGCGAAUUGCUGCUUAUAGACUUUUUGAGAUGAUAAGCCGAUCAUCCUCUGCAGUUAAUCAAGAUGGAACUACCCCAGGUUCAGUGCAAGGAAAUAUCGAGUUUAGGAAUGUAUAUUUCAGCUAUCUGUCUCGUCCUGAAAUCCCUAUUUUGAGUGGGUUUUACCUCACUGUACCUGCUAAGAAAGCAGUGGCACUUGUUGGCAGAAAUGGCUCUGGAAAAAGCAGUAUUAUCCCACUUAUGGAGCGGUUUUAUGAUCCUACAUUAGGAGAAGUUCUCUUGGAUGGGGAAAAUAUUAAGAACCUGAAACUGGAAUGGCUAAGAAGCCAAAUUGGACUAGUUACCCAGGAACCUGCUUUGCUAAGUUUGAGUAUAAGAGACAAUAUUGCUUACGGGAGGGAUGCUACCUGCGAUCAAAUUGAAGAAGCUGCUAAAAUAGCACAUGCACAUACUUUUAUUAGUUCACUUGGGAGAGGAUAUGAUACACAGGUGGGUAGGGCUGGAUUAGCAUUAACAGAAGAGCAGAAAAUAAAACUUUCUAUUGCUAGAGCAGUGCUUCUAAAUCCAUCAAUUCUUCUGCUUGAUGAAGUUACUGGUGGACUUGAUUUUGAAGCUGAAAAAGCUGUUCAGGAGGCUCUAGAUCUCCUCAUGUUGGGACGCUCAACAAUAAUAAUAGCUCGGCGGCUUAGUCUUAUAAGGAAUGCUGAUUACAUAGCUGUUAUGGAAGAGGGUCAACUUGUAGAAAUGGGUACACAUGAUGAAUUACUAACCUUGGAUGGCCUUUAUGCAGAGCUUCUCAAAUGCGAAGAGGCUGCGAAAAUUCCUAGGAGGAUUCCCUUGAGAAACUACAAGGAGACUGCAGCUUUCCAAAUUGAAAAGGAUUCUUCAGCAAGUAAUAGCUUCCAAGAACCAUCAUCUCCUAAAAUGGUCAAAUCACCCUCUCUCCAAAGAGCUUCUGGCAUGUUCCGGUCCUCAGAGAGCACCUUUAACUCACAGGAAUCACCCAAAGCUAGGAGCCCACCACCAGAGAAGAUGCUGGAAAAUGGUCAGCCUAUGGAUGCAGCAGAUAAGGAACCUUCAAUCAGAAGGCAGGAUAGUUUUGAAAUGAGACUACCAGAGUUACCCAAGAUUGAUGUACAGGCUGCACAUCGACAAACAUCAAAUGGUUCAGAUCCUGAAUCCCCUGUUUCACCCCUUUUGACAUCUGAUCCCAAAAAUGAACGUUCCCAUUCACAGACUUUUAGUCGACCGCAUAGUCAAGCUGGUGAUACUCCAGUGAAAGUGAAGGAAGCAAAAAAUACACGGAUUCGGGAAGCACCAUCAUUUUGGAGGUUGGCAGAACUUAGUCUUGCAGAGUGGCUUUAUGCUGUGUUAGGAAGCACUGGUGCUGCUAUCUUCGGAUCUUUUAAUCCCCUUCUUGCUUAUGUUAUUGCACUGAUAGUCACAGCAUACUAUGUUGAAGAACAUCAUCACUUGGGACGUGAAGUAAACAAAUUGUGUUUGAUCAUUGCCUGCAUGGGUGUGGUAACAGUGGUUGCCAAUUUCUUGCAGCACUUCUACUUUGGUAUAAUGGGGGAGAAGAUGACUGAACGAGUGCGUAGAAUGAUGUUCUCAGCAAUGUUGCGCAAUGAAGUUGGAUGGUUUGAUGAAGAGGAAAAUAGUGCUGACACCUUAUCCAUGCGCUUGGCAAAUGAUGCUACAUUUGUGCGAGCUGCUUUUAGCAACAGGCUUUCCAUAUUUAUACAGGACAGUGCUGCUGUUCUUGUGGCUGUUCUAAUCGGGAUGUUGCUGCAAUGGCGAUUAGCACUUGUGGCGUUGGCAACCCUGCCAAUUCUCACUCUUUCCGCUAUUGCACAGAAAUUGUGGCUUGCUGGAUUUUCGAGGGGUAUCCAGGAGAUGCACAGGAAGGCAUCUUUAGUCCUUGAGGAUGCAGUUAGAAACAUAUACACUGUUGUAGCAUUCUGUGCUGGUAACAAGGUAAUGGAGCUCUACAGGUUGCAACUGAAGAAAAUAUUCAAGCAGAGUUUCCUUCAUGGAAUGGCCAUAGGUUUUGCAUUUGGCUUUUCACAGUUUUUACUUUUUGCCUGUAAUGCCCUUCUCCUCUGGUACACUGCAUACUCCGUAAAGUACAACUAUAUGGACCUACCUACUGCUCUCAAGGAGUAUAUGGUUUUCUCUUUUGCUACAUUUGCACUGGUGGAGCCUUUUGGAUUGGCUCCGUACAUACUUAAACGACGUAAAUCUCUUAUUUCAGUAUUUGAGAUCAUAGAUCGAGUGCCUAAGAUUGAACCAGAUGAUAACACGGCAUUAAAGCCACCUAAUGUUUAUGGAAGCAUUGAGUUGAAAAAUAUCGAUUUCUGUUAUCCCACUCGCCCAGAAAUGUUGGUGUUGAGCAAUUUCAGUCUUAAAGUGAAUGGGGGGCAAACUGUAGCUGUUGUGGGAGUUUCAGGGUCUGGAAAGAGUACCAUAAUCUCUUUGAUUCAGAGAUUUUAUGAUCCAGUUGCUGGUCAAGUACUACUGGAUGGACGAGAUUUGAAACUUUAUAAUUUGAGAUGGUUGAGGAGCCACCUGGGUCUUGUUCAGCAGGAACCAAUUAUAUUCUCAACAACCAUUAGGGAAAAUAUUAUAUAUGCUAGGCACAAUGCUAGUGAAGCUGAGAUGAAAGAGGCUGCGAGAAUAGCAAAUGCACACCAUUUCAUCAGCAGCUUGCCUCAUGGUUAUGACACACAUGUGGGAAUGAGGGGUGUGGAUCUGACUCCAGGACAGAAACAGAGAAUUGCAAUUGCUCGGGUAGUGCUAAAGAAUGCACCCAUCUUGUUAUUAGAUGAAGCAAGCUCAUCCAUUGAGUCUGAGUCAAGUCGGGUGGUGCAGGAGGCUCUAGAUACAUUGAUCAUGGGGAACAAAACAACCAUUCUGAUAGCCCACAGGGCUGCAAUGAUGAGGCAUGUGGACAAUAUUGUAGUUCUAAAUGGGGGACGAAUUGUAGAGGAAGGGAGCCAUGAUUCUUUGGUGGCAAAGAAUGGUCUUUAUGUCCGUUUGAUGCAACCUCAUUUCGGAAAAGGUUUGCGUCAGCACCGACUCGUUUAGAAUGGGUUUUGUGAUUGUUUGGGUUUGGCCCUUUAUCUUCUCAUUCUGCUCAAUCUGAAUCACUGUGAUAUCUAUACCGAUGGUUGUUUCCUUGAGAAUUAUGGUGGAGUCUCCAGAGUGGGCAGGGAGAAUGAGACUGCUGAGGCUGAUAACAUUGUUUAUAUGGCAGGGGCAGUGAGAAUGCAGUGGCGGCAGUGCUAGAUACGUUGUGCAAAAGUAGGUUUUAGAAGUAGGGUUUUUGGAGUGGGUUGGCCUUUGAGGAGGAUGUUCUCUCGGGGCUGGAUGCUUAUUCUUUUGGAGACAGGCAUCGCUAGAUUGGUUGUCUCCAUGGUAUAUUGAUUUGCUUUUCAAGCAGGAAGUGGGUUGGAAUUAAUUCUAGUUUUUCUACUGAGGUGUGGUUUUCUUUUUACAUUUUUAGUGAAACUCUCUCUCUAGCUUCGAUGAUGACGUAUUUAUUUUUCUUAUAAGUUUUACUUCCAUUGUGAAAAAUGUAGAAAGUUCAGGAGGAAAAAAAGCUGUAACCUUUGUAAAUAAAUACUGAUAAUUUACAAGCUAUUCAGUUUUGCCUGUUUGAUCCCACGAGUUAAAAUA